AUGGCUGAACAAGAAACUAUAUUACAGCGCAUUUUCCUCACAAAUGUUGUUAUUGGAAGUGUGUCUGUGUUGGUUUUCCUCGGCCAACUCUCCUAUAUCUUCACCAAUUUUGCAGCAUUUAUCAGGUCAAUAUUUGGAGUUACACUCUCUAUACCAUUGGUGUAUUUGGAAUUUAAACCGCUUCCUUGGUUAUCGAGAUUCGCUUCUUUCUACUACAGUUACUUAGGCAGAGGCUUGUUAUUAGUGCUUCUCUCAACAAUGAUAGUGACCGAAGGGUUUUUAGCUGUCUUCUCUGUAUACUUUUUAUUCAUCGCAGGAGUGGUCUUCAUCGUAUGCGAAUAUAAUUCCGGGGUCAUUGAGCCACCUAGCUUCAGAGAUGAAGGAGCCAGCCUGACUGUUGGCGAUGAUGACGAUGAUGUUAUUUAA